AUGACACAAACAUCCAUAAAAACAAGGGCGACUUAUAGCUGGGGAGGUAACACAAAGAAGAAAGAGCUCGGAUUUAUGGAAGGAGAUGUCAUUGAAGUUCUUCAAGUAAUAAACAAGGAUAUAUAUUAUGGAGAAUCCCACAGGACUAAAAUGAAAGGUUUUUUUCCAUCCAAAUAUGUAGAGUGUGACUUAUCUCCUGACCGAUCUAGAUCAUCAACCCCUACAUAUGAGGGGUCAAUUUCUCCGUCUAGUUCUAAAAACACAAGUUCUAAUUCUCUGUUUACACUGAAGAAGAAUGAUAAAUCUUUCUCCUCAACGUUAACAUCUGAGCUUCCUGCUCUUAGAAACAAAGAACAGGCGCUAGCUAUUCCUGAAGCAAGACAAUCAAAGAAAUUUUCGUCUUCUUACGUUCAGCAGUUAUUAGAUGCUUCCACGAUAAGCACAGAUACUAACUCCUCAUCAGUGUUUGGUCAUUCUGAUUUCAGCGCUACAUCUGCUGGGUCAUAUAUGGGACAUAGCAGAAGAGAUGAAUACGAUCAUAAGCUCCAAAGUAUGAUGAACUCAAACAGUAACUAUAAUGACCAGACCAGGAAAGCUCUAAAUGAGAUAAUCGAAAAACAUGAGAAGAAGAAACAGCCCAAGCUGUUGGGAAAGUUUUUCGGCAAUAAAGGCGAUGAUGGCCCGAGUUUUGAUGAUAAGCUAUAUUUAUCAACAGUUGAAAAAAUGAGUCAAAUAUCUUUCAAGGAAGACUUUAUACCGCUGCAAACAUCUGAAAAAUUGAACCCUACUCAUAACACCCAACUAGAAAGAACUAGAACAUUAAGUGGCCACUCUAGAGGCCAAAGGUACAAAAGAAUUUUAAAAGAACAGCCAGAACUGAUUUUAAAGCCACAAAAGAGCAUAACUAAUGUGAACUACGAAGCUAGAGAUCCCACUUUUGUGCGCAACUACAAUAUCGAUUCUAUUGAUUUUAGUCGAGUGGAUAAAUUUGUACAUCACGUAGAGUAUGAUCCAUAUGAAACCAUUCAAAAAUUUACAAAGAGUGUUAUUUUGAAACAUUUUGAAAGCGAAGUCGAAAUAUCACGGGCAAUUUAUGUAUAUCUUAUUAACAACUUCAAAUUAGUUAACAAAAAGAAUGAAAAAGUAAGUACCAAAAAGAUGUUUGAAUCUGAAAAAAUAUCAGAGAUUAUGCAUUCUACAAUAUGCACACCACAUCAGCUUACCUGGAUGUAUUAUAUUAUGGCAGAAACAGCUGGCCUUGAUGUGGAAAUGAUUCUUGGCUAUCUAAAAUUUCCAUUUGUUUUGAAUGAGACUGUGACAGAUUCAAAAAAAAGGCUGAUCAUCAACCAUUCGUGGAUUAGCAUUCAGAUUGAAGGUGAGUAUAGAUUCGUUGAUGUUGCACUUGGCAAUCCAACAAACGAGUUUGCAACAAAGUAUCCAGAUAUUUGGGACCCGAUUUCAACAAGUAAUUUUUAUCACCUCACGAGACCCUUCCAUUUGGUUUACACUCAUAGCCCUCGUUAUAUUGAACAGCAAUAUAUUGUCCCCCCAAUUGAUUUAGUUUCCCAAUUAUCUUUACCACCACUCUAUCCUCAUGCAAUAAUAGCUGGAGUAAAGCUCCACAAAUUUAGUUAUGGUUUACUCCAUUUGAGAGAUCAUGAAUUAUAUGAGUUUGAGCUUGAAAUACCAGAAGAAUAUUUAGUCAAAGGUGAAUUCAAGCCUUAUGAUCAAUCUUUUGAGUGUUGUGAUUCCUUAGUUCAGAUAUAUCACUACAAUGGUAGAAGAAUUGCACGAUUUCAAGGCAUUAUGUCAAAAAAUUGUCCUGCUGGAUUUAUAAGCGUCACAGGUAAACAUGAAUUUACCAAAGAAUGGAAUAUUCUUAUGAGUGUGCCGUGCUUCCAUGUUGGUAAAUGGGCUGCAUUGAAUUGGGUUAAAACAGUACCAGGGUUAAAUGGUGUUGAUGUUUACAUCAAAGAACCAAAAAUCAAAGAUUUGGAAUUGAAGGAGCAAACAUUUAAUAUUGUAGUAAACAGCAAAACUGAAUAUUUCAAUCAAGUGAAAAGAUUUUUUGCGGGCUCAUUCAAAGUUGGUCUGUUUCCACCAAAUAAACAGAUCAUUGAAUUAGAUAUAACAGAUAAUAAUUCUUAUAUUGGAAAUGUCAAUGUAAAUGUACCGGGUAAUUGGAGACUAGGGAUUCUUGAUGUUAAUAUGAAAAGAUGGAAAGUCAUUGCUGAGUGGGAAGCCAGACCAAACUAG